UCCAGCCCCACUGCCCCACCAUGGCUGCAUCCGCCCUGUCCGUCUGCUCCAGCAACCGGAGCUAUGGCAGCCGGGCCUGCCUUCCCGGGUCCUGUGACUCUUGCAUGGACUCCUCCUGGCAGGUGGAUGACUGUCCAGAGAGCUGCUGUGAGCCCUCAUGCUGUGCCCCCACUUGCUGUGUCUCCAGCUGCUGCCAGCCUUCCUGCUGCACCUCCAGCUGCUGUGUCCCCAUGAGCUGUGUGUCCAGCCCCUGCCAGUCAACCUGCACCAGCUCCUGCACGCCCUCAUGCUGCCAGCAGUCUAGCUGCCAGCCUUCCUGCUGCACCUCCUCCCCCUGCCAGCAGGCCUGCUGUGUGCCCGCCUGCUGCACACCUGUCUGCUGCACACCCGUCUGCUGUAAGCCAGUCUGUUGUAAGCCUGUCUGCUGCACACCUGUCUGCUGCACACCCAUCUGCUGCAAGCCUGUCUGUUCUGGGGUCACCCCCUGCCCCGCCUCUUUGAGCUGCUGCAGACCCUCCUCCUGCGUGUCCCUCAUCUGCCGCCCCGUGUGCAGGCCUGCCUGCUGCGUGCCCGCCUCCUCCUGCUGUGGCCCUGCCUCCUCCUGCCAGCCCAGCUGUUGA